CCACCCAGUCUGCCGCGCGCCGCAGGAUUAGAGCUGCCGGGAGGGGACGACCUGGGGGGCGCAGUGCUCCAACGCAGGGCGGGGUCGGAGGUGGCUGCCCUGGGGCGGAAGGACGAGCUUAGAAUUUGAAAGGGAGGACACUAGCAGGGAUCGAAAGGGAACUGACCUGCCCGCGGGCGUCGGGGAGGGACCAGGUCCUGCCCUCCUGCGGCUUAGUCUCUGAAAUUGCCCUGGUUAGCGAAUUUGCAUGGGCGGCGGGAGUGUGGGGAAAUGGGUACCUGUCUGCUAGCCUGGGACUCAGCCAGAUGCUAUCGUGGUAACGCCAGGUGGACCUGGUGUUCUCCAAGCGGAUCCAUUCGUUGCUUUUUUAAACUUUCUUUCUUUUCUUCUUCCCCCUCCCUCUCCCUCCCUCCCUCAUAGGAGGCAGAAUAGCCCCUGCCUGGUUGGUUUGGAUUUUGUGUCCCAUCUUCGCUUGCCAAGUUUUAUGGGCCUGCCCUACCGUAAACAAUUCAUGCUAAACCGAUGAUGGAACCCAAUUUUGCACGUGCUGUACAAGUACUCUACCAAUUGAGCUAUGUCUCUAGCCUUCCCUGCCCCCUUCCCCCCUCCCCUUCCCGUGUAAGUCAGGGAGGGAGCUGUAGAACUCUCCUCCUAGCAAAGACUGCCCUGGGUCUAAACUGUGCCCUGUCUCCAUCGGCCAAGUGCUGGGAUUACAGGUGUUGGCCAAUGCUUCUAGCUCUGCUCUCUUUAAGGCCCCAACGAGGGCCCUGUUACCUGCUGGCUCUUCAUUGACCAACAGAUUAGCCAGGCAUUGGGAUGGAUGUGUUUGGACUUUCGCCUCUGGGCAGUAAUUCCAUGAUCAAGAGCUCUGAGGUCAGGUCAACGGGCAAGAUAGCUAAUUCUAGUUGUCCUUGUCUUCUAGACAUACUCUUCCUUUUCUCAGAUUUUUGUUUUCUUUUAGAGACAGGGUUUCUCUGUAUAGCAUUCCUGGCUGUCCUGGAACUCACUCUGUAGAUCAGGCCUCAAAUUCACAGAGAUCCUUUUACGUCUGCCUCCUAAGUGCUGGGAUCAAAGCCUGGGCCAUGCAGACCCCGCGGACCAUUCCUGUGCCGGUGCCGGUGCUCCGCCUCCCUCGGGGCCCCGAUGGCUUCAGUCGAGGAUUUGCCCCUGAUGGACGCAGGACCCUCCUGAGGCCAAACGCCCCAGAAGUCGGAGAAGGUGCUCAAGACCCCCCAGAGCUGCAGGAACAGCGGGCCCGGGCCGCUCUCCGAGAGCGCUACCUCCGCAGCCUCCUAGCCAUGGUGGGGCACCCUGUGAGCUUCACGCUGCACGAAGGUGUGCACGUGACCGCCCAGUUUGGAGCCACAGACCUGGAUGUAGCCAACUUCUACGUGUCCCAGCUGCAGACUCCCAUAGGCGUGCAGGCGGAAGCCCUGCUUCGAUGCAGUGACAUCAUUUCCUAUUCCUUCAAGCUGUAGGCCCUGCCACAGCAGCCCAGGCCUCCAGCUGUUUGUUCCCGGGCCAGAGAGCUCUCCACACACCCGCCUACACUUCCAAAUCAAGCUCCACGGAACCCGGCUUUGAGUUCAGGGGAAUGCCAGAUACCACCUGGUGCUGCGUGCUGACCGGAAACUCAGGGCCAGCCCAUGCUUCAGUGGGAGACUGCAACAGACAUUCUAGAUUUCAUUUAUUAAAAGGAACGUUCUACCUCA